UUAAAAACUAAUUACUACUGAUAAUGGUAGGUUUAAUUACGGAUGGUGCUAAUGUUUUAACUGGACGGAGACAUUGUGUUCAGCAACAGCUAGUAGGUGCAACCAUUUUCUCACUUACAUUGUUUGUCGCACCGAUUGCAGCUGGCACUGAAAGAUGCAGCCAGCACUUCAAAGGAACUCCAAAUUCUGCAGCUAUUUUGUGAGCAACUCUUCAUUUUUCAUCGAAAUUCUACUGUUAUAUCAGCAGUUUAUUGUAACGCAUGCAAAGUUUAUGGUGUAAAAGGCCAAAUGCAGAGUCAUACGAGUCAAUGUACCAGAUAGGUUACGAGUUAAGUACCAGAUGGGUUGCGAAUAUGGUAAAUGCGUUGGAGAAUCUUCUCAAUGGUCUAAAAGCGCAUAUUCAUAGUUAUACCACUAUCAGCUUGGAAAGCGACUACAGCGCAACACAGAAAUCAAAGGCUAAGUUCUUUGCAAAGAAAUUGGUUGAUCAGCACUUAAUGUCGACGGCGAUCUAUAUUCUUGAUGUGUGUAGAGCAAUGACAAUUUUUUCAGAGGCAUUAGUUAGCACAAAAAAAAAAAUGUUUCAACGUAUGAAGUUUUCGCUCGAGGAAUUUAGGUUUCGCUUGAGGAAAUUAGGUUUUUAUUAGGUUAGCAUAAAAAAAAAAUUGUUUCAACGUAUGAAGUCUUCGCUCGAGCAAUUUAGAAAGAUUCGAAGAAAAUCCAGACGCUGGUUUUUACUGGAACAAGCGCUCGAUAUAUGGGAUUGUAAAUUUGCAUGAAGUGAUAAAAGUAUAAAUAUAGAGUUUUUAUUGUUACAUCCAUGCAAAAGUGCAUUUUGAAACAAUAUUCAAAUGUAUCAGAUAUCUUUGCGGAGGCGGACGAGUUGCUUAACACAGCUGAAUGGACGAAGAGCGACUUUUUCACGGCUGAAAACAACAAAAAGUUACAUAAAAACAUGCUAGACAAUAACAUAAAAGCCUUUAUUGACGACGAUAUGCUUUGCAACAACUCGAAUAUAAACGAGUAGAAGUUGGAAACAUUUUAUCAGAGUGGAUAAUAUUGAAGAAAAUAAUAGCAACUUGGACAAGUGCAAG